AUGAAUCGCAUCAACGAAAUUCGUACUACGACUGACGUCAAUUCGUGGCGUUUUGUGCCAGGAACUCUAAACCCAGCAGACAAUGCUACAAGAUAUGUACCACUAUCAUCGACCGAAAAUUCCAUAUGGUUAACCGGUCCAUCGUUUUUAAUCGAAGAAGAAUGCAAUUGGCCAGACAAAAACCAAAAUGUCAUUCAAAGUGAAGAAGACACAGAUAUUACCAACUUUCAAUCAACCAGUAAUGCAAUACCAGAGAAAACAUCUUUUAUCAAAUGGGAAAGUUAUUCCGAUUGGCAAAAAUUCUGUCGCCACAUUGCGUGGAUUAUCAAAUUAAAACGAAAUUGGUUGUUAUUAAAGAGGGGAGGGUCUGAACGUGAAAAAUUUGAUUACCUGGCCGUUGAUGAAAUUGAAGCAACAAUGUUACAGUUGUAUAGCAUCUCACAACAAGAAUCCUACCCAUCAGAAUUCGAAAACCUACAAUCAUACAAGGAACUAUCAAAAAGAUCACCACUUGUAGCUUUGAGACCAAUGAUGCAAAACAAUUUGAUUCGUGUUGGAGGAAGAAUGUGUUUAAUCGAUAUACCAUUUGAGUCGAAGCACCAAGUGAUAAUCUCGCCGAAACACCACAUUGCGCGACUCAUAAUUCAACACAUUCAUCAUACAAACUUCCAUGUUGGACAAAACGCAACACUAAUACUAUCAAGACAAAAUAUUUGGAUUCCGACUGGAAAAUCCUUUGUGAAGAAUUUGACAAAUGCAUGUACAUACUGCAAAUCAAAGAAAAUCAAGCCAAUGUCACCACUUAUGGGAGAUCUACCAAUCGAUCGUCUUGCUGUAGGUGAACCACCAUUUAAUCGAUCAGGAGUAGAUUACUUUGGUCCAAUGAUUGUCAGGAGAAGUAAGAGGACAAGAGCUUCAUCUGGAACCGUAAAAAGGUAUGGAGCAUUGUUUACCUUCAUGACGUCACGUGCCGUUCAUAUUGAGCUAGCUGGAGAUUUAUCGACAGAUUGUUUCAUUCUUGAACUUCGACGUUUUAUCUGA